AUGGAUUGCUUGGAAGAUGUCACGGAUCGACUUCUGAUACGGUCACAGGAUGCUAUCUUACAAUUGGAACUGUGGGUGCAGCAGCAGGAAAAGCUGCUAUUGACGGAUCAUGCGUCAGUGGAUAGGAAAAAGUUCGAAGCCAUUGCACAGCAACGGAACUUGCAUCUAUCUCAAUUAAACUCGCUGUGUCUAAGGUCAAGAUACAUUAAGGAAAAACUGGCAAGCGAAAGAAACAUCUGUUCCAUACGCAAGGGCAGGCGGUCCUAUAUCGAAAAUCUGGUGUACGAAUUCCAAGACAUUGCCAUGAGUCUAAACGAACUUUCAGAAACCAAUAGGAAGAAUGGCUCUCCAGUAUCUCAAGCUACCACAAACAGUAGCGACUCCUUUGAACCCAAGCCUCUAAGAAUCCUUGAAAGACAAAGAACUUGUAACGCCAAAUCACCCACUAAACGCAAUAGCAAUCAUAUCAAGAUCCCUCGGGAGACGGAGAAGAGUGACUUUACGGAGAACGUUGCUGAUUGUUUGCAUAGUUCUUUACCGAGUUCCCCCCUGCGAGGCUCAAAUGGUAGUCAACAAACGAUACGCUUGACUAAAUCCUACCAUGAAAGCUUGAACGGCCAAAAACCGACCAGCCACUCGCCCUUAAUGAAUCCUUUCAAUGCCAAAAAUAGACUUUCGUUGUACCUGUUUGAUAAUAUAGAUGAGAAAGAGCUCACACCCUGUGAUGACGACAAUUCAGAUCAAGAGACUGUUAUGUACAACAGCCCUGUAGUUUCCAAAGGUGCAGCUUUCGAACCAUUAAGAAGAUAUAAUUCUCAUGAGAGCAUACUAUCUGUGGCCAAAAAGGCACCGAUACAUUCAUCUGCCCAAAAGUUGCAGUUUUAUCCCUCAGCUACCAAUGGUACAACGUCUGCACAAAGUGUGUUCGUCUCCAGUAAACCUGUUUACACGAAACCGCUCUCUGUACAGUCUCGGUCAAAAGAUUUAUUAUCGUCUAUCGCGCACGCCGAAGCAUCUAAGGAUACUAAGACAACCUCUGUGUUUAACGGCUGGAACUUAUUUGGUAAAAGUUCUACUGCCGCUAUUACCUCAGAGGUUGGAACCUGCGCCAUUUCCCAGAAGAAGCAUUCCGCUAUAAAAACAAAUAGACGAUAUAUAACUGGAGAUACACUGGUCAUAUCUACUUCAAACCGACCCCGCUUAUCAAGAAGCUCGGUCAGACAACCUCAUGGGUACAACAGACAUACCUCCCCGAUUACUCCAAUCGUUGACCACCAAGUACGACAAAACGAAUUGAGCGAAGCCUUGGAGACAGAGCUAUUGUUAUAA